AUGUCACCGUCGCAAUGGGCAGUUGAACGAUAUACAGUUUGCGUUGCCACUGCCAGCGACUCGUUUUCUGUGUGCGUCGCAGACCGCCGCCAAAAACGACAGUUUUUUUACCGGAACGCAUCCCUGCGUUCGACGUGGUUGCUGCUGACGGAGAAAACCCCCGUCCCCCCACUCGGCUAUCGCUUUCCGGCCUGUUUGAGUUUAACACUGUUUGGAAUGUGCACUCUCCCUGGUAUCGGGGAAAUUCGCCACAGCAGCUCCCCAAGCAUUCGAGUGACGGCACCAUCCCCCUCGCCUCUUUGUCUCCAAAUGUUCAGGUGUUACUUCAGGGUGGGAACUGGCCUACGCGGUUUCGGCGACUGGCGCAGACUAUCUGCGGGUGAACUCUACGAGGUUCUUUCGUGA